CUCGUCUCCCGGCGGCGCUGAGUGGGUUUGUGGGUCAGUGCUUGCCGGGCAGCUCUCGCGCGCUAAUCGGUGACAGCGUGCGACCCUCGCCCGCCCGCGUGUGCUGCGGAGGAGGUCGGGGCGCAGCCCUCCGCCACGCCGGAGUGAGAAUUGGAAGCAAAUCUCCAGGAGGCCGGAGGCGCGUGUGGCGGCGGGGCUGAGAUAUUCUAAAAUCCAACAGUCUCAAUCUGGGAGCACUUUAAUUUCGAAUAAGAAAUUCUCAGUCUGUACUAAAUGCUUGUUUAGUCAUCGGAAAGCAUGCCUUAUAAUGGACUGAUCUGGUAAGGAAUAAUCUUAUUCAUCUUCAGACAGAUUAAUGCUCUGGAAAUGCAUCAUUCAAUCCUCCACAACUCUCUGCUCACCCAACUUCAUAUUCUUGCUCUCAAAAAACAACAAUCAAAAGUAAAAACAAACAAAAUAAAACAGGCAUAGAUAUUAAACAUCAAAGCCAUAAAUGAAAGUGAUGAUUAAAGGAAGACUUAUGGAAUCAUCAGAUUCCUGUUUGCAGUUUCCGUUCGAGUUUCUUACUUCUAUGGAUCACUGACUGAGUAAUAAAUGGCUUUACCUCGCCUCACAGGAGCCUUGCGCUCCUUUUCAAAUGUCACCAAGCAAGAUAAUUAUAAUGAAGAAGUAGCUGACUUAAAGCUGAAGCGAUCCAAACUUCAUGAACAAGCUUUAGAUUUCGGCCUUUCAUGGAAGAAGAUAGUGAAGUUUUUGAAUGAAAAACUAGAAAAGAAUAAAAUGCAAACUAUAAAUGAAGACUUAAAAGAUAUACUACAAGCUGCAAAACAAAUCGUUGGAACGGAUAAUGGGAAUGAAGCAAUUGAAAGUGGGGCUGCAUUCCUCUUUAUGACGUUUCACAUGACAGACUCUGUUGGUUACACGGAGACAAAGGCUAUCAGACAGAUGUUUGGACCCUUUCCAUCAUCCUCUGCUACCUCAGCUUGUAAUGCCACUAGUCGGAUUAUUUCGCAUUUUAGUCAAGAUGAUCUCACUGCUUUAGUCCAGGCGACAGAAAACCAAUGUAAUGAUAGAGUGGUCUUUGGUAGAAACUUAGCAUUUUCCUUUGACAUGCAUGAUCUGGACCACUUUGAUGAAUUACCAGUAAAUGGUGAAGCCCAGAAAACUAUAAGCUUAGACUACAAGAAGUUCCUGAAUGAACAGUUUCAGGAACCCUACACCCCAGAACUCAAGCCCGUGGAAAAAUCAAAUGGCUCCUUAUUGUGGUGUGAAGUAGAGAAGUACUUAAACGCAACUCUAAAGGAAAUGACUGAAGCACCAAGAGUUGAAGAUCUGUGCUGUACGUUAUAUGACAUGCUUGCUUCUGCUAAAAGCGGGGAUGAGCUUCAGGAUGAGCUUUUUGAAUUGCUGGGACCUGGAGGACUUGAUUUGAUUGAGAAGCUACUCCAGAACAGAAUUACAAUCGUAGAUCGAUUUCUUAAUUCCUCAAGUGAUCAUAAGUUCCAAGUUCUUCAAGAUAAUUGUAAAAAAAUUUUAGGAGAGAAUGCGAAGCCUAAUUAUGGUUGUCAAGUCACGAUUCAGUCCGAACAAGAAAAGCAGUUAAUGAAACAGUAUCGGCGUGAGGAAAAAAGAAUUGCCAGGAGAGAAAAGAAGGCUGGGGAAGAUGGGGAAGUUUCUGGAGAAGGACUUUUGCCCUUUGAUCCUAAGGAACUCCGAUUACAGAGAGAACAUGCGCUUCUGAAUGCUAGAAGUGCUCCAAUUUUGGGAAGGCAGAGAGACACGGAGGUUGAGAAAAUUCGUUAUCCUCAUGUUUAUGAUUCCCAGGCUGCAGCCCGAGAAACAUCAGCAUUUAUAGCUGGGGCCAAGAUGAUUUUGCCAGAAGGCAUCCAGAGAGAGAAUACCAAGCUGUAUGAAGAAGUAAGGAUCCCCUAUAGUGAACCAAUGCCCGUUGGGUUUGAGGAGAAACCAGUUUAUAUCCAGGAUUUAGAUGAGGUGGGACAGUUGGCUUUUAAAGGAAUGAAGAGACUCAAUAGAAUCCAGUCUAUAGUAUUUGACACAGCCUACAACACCAACGAAAACAUGCUCAUCUGUGCCCCUACUGGAGCUGGGAAGACCAAUAUUGCAAUGCUCACUGUCUUACAUGAAAUCCGCCAACACUUUCACCAAGGUGUUCUUAAAAAGAAUGAGUUUAAGAUUGUGUAUGUUGCUCCAAUGAAAGCCUUGGCAGCUGAAAUGACGAAUUACUUCAGCAAACGUCUAGAGCCACUGGGCAUUGUUGUGAAAGAAUUGACUGGAGAUAUGCAGUUGUCAAAAAGUGAAAUUCUACGAACUCAGAUGCUUGUGACCACACCAGAAAAAUGGGAUGUAGUAACAAGAAAGAGUGUUGGGGAUGUUGCUCUUUCCCAAAUUGUAAAACUCCUGAUUCUCGAUGAGGUUCACUUGCUGCAUGAAGACAGAGGCCCAGUGCUAGAAAGCAUAGUUGCGAGGACCUUACGGCAGGUUGAAUCCACACAGAGUAUGAUAAGAAUCCUUGGCUUAUCUGCAACCUUGCCCAACUACCUGGAUGUUGCUACAUUUUUACAUGUUAACCCCUACAUUGGUCUUUUCUACUUUGAUGGCCGUUUUCGACCUGUACCUCUGGGACAGACAUUUUUAGGGAUUAAAAGUGCAAAUAAGAUGCAGCAGUUAAAUAACAUGGAUGAAGUGUGCUACGAAAGCGUUCUGAAGCAAGUAAAGGCUGGACACCAGGUGAUGGUAUUUGUACAUGCUCGAAAUGCCACUGUAAGGACAGCUAUGUCUCUAAUAGAGAGAGCAAAAAACAGUGGCCAGAUCUCCUGUUUUCUCCCCACCCAAGGACCAGAGUAUGGGCAUGCAUUGAAACAGGUACAAAAGUCAAGAAAUAAGCAAGUGCGAGAGUUAUUCUCAGAUGGCUUUAGCAUUCAUCAUGCCGGGAUGCUUCGGCAAGACAGAAAUUUGGUUGAAAAUUUGUUCUCAAAUGGGCACAUCAAAGUCCUGGUUUGCACAGCCACCCUAGCCUGGGGUGUCAAUCUCCCUGCACAUGCCGUCAUUAUUAAGGGAACACAAAUCUAUGCUGCCAAAAGAGGCUCCUUUGUUGACCUUGGAAUUUUAGAUGUCAUGCAGAUAUUUGGCCGAGCCGGACGACCGCAAUUUGACAAAUUUGGGGAAGGAAUCAUUAUAACCACACAUGAUAAACUCAGCCAUUACCUCAGUUUGCUCACUCAACAAAACCCGAUUGAGAGUCAGUUUCUGGAAAGUCUUGCAGAUAACCUAAAUGCAGAGAUUGCACUAGGAACAGUCACCAAUGUGGAAGAGGCGGUGAAGUGGAUGAGUUACACGUACCUCUACGUGCGGAUGAGAGCAAACCCACUCGCCUACGGCAUCAGUCACAAAGCAUACCAGAUGGACCCAACGUUAAGAAAGCACCGAGAACAGCUCCUCAUUGAAGUUGGACAAAAGCUGGAUAAAGCUAGGAUGAUUCGCUUUGAAGAACGAACUGGCUAUUUUUCUUCCACUGAUUUGGGUAGAACUGCCAGCCACUACUAUAUUAAAUACAACACCAUUGAGACAUUCAAUGAACUCUUUGAUGCACACAAAACAGAAGGUGAUAUCUUUGCUAUUGUCUCCAAAGCUGAAGAAUUUGAUCAAAUUAAGGUCAGAGAAGAAGAAAUAGAAGAAUUAGAUGCCUUGUUAAACAAUUUCUGUGAACUCUCAGCUCCAGGAGGUGUGGAAAAUAGUUAUGGGAAAAUAAACAUCCUACUUCAGACCUACAUCAGCCGAGGAGAGAUGGACAGUUUCUCCCUCAUAUCAGAUUCCGCAUAUGUUGCCCAGAAUGCAGCUAGAAUUGUCCGUGCUCUCUUUGAAAUUGCACUGAGGAAACGUUGGCCUACCAUGACCUACAGGCUUUUGAAUCUUAGUAAAGUCAUUGACAAGAGACUCUGGGGUUGGGCUAGCCCUUUGAGACAAUUUUCUGUGUUACCACCACACAUCCUAACAAGAUUAGAAGAAAAAAACCUUACAGUGGAUAAACUCAAAGACAUGAGAAAAGAUGAAAUAGGUCACAUUUUGCAUCAUGUGAAUAUUGGACUGAAGGUCAAACAGUGUGUUCAUCAGAUUCCUUCUGUUACAAUGGAAGCUUCCAUUCAGCCCAUCACACGGACUGUCCUCCGAGUCUCACUGAACAUCUACCCUGAUUUCUCUUGGAAUGAUCAGGUCCAUGGCACAGUAGGGGAACCGUGGUGGAUCUGGGUAGAAGAUCCUACAAACGACCAUAUUUAUCACUCGGAGUACUUUCUAGCUCUUAAAAAACAGGUUAUUAAUAAAGAAGCUCAACUUCUGGUAUUUACAAUCCCUAUUUUUGAGCCUUUGCCCUCUCAGUACUACAUUCGAGCAGUAUCUGAUAGAUGGCUAGGAGCUGAAGCUGUUUGCAUUAUCAACUUUCAACAUCUGAUUCUACCAGAGAGACAUCCUCCCCAUACAGAAUUAUUGGACCUUCAGCCUUUGCCAGUCACAGCCUUGGGGUGCAAAGCAUAUGAAGCUCUGUAUAACUUCAGCCACUUCAACCCGGUGCAGACACAGAUAUUCCACACGCUGUAUCACACUGACUGUAACGUCCUACUUGGAGCCCCCACGGGGUCAGGAAAGACAGUUGCAGCUGAACUCGCCAUUUUCAGAGUCUUCAACAAGUAUCCCACUUCCAAGGCAGUAUAUAUUGCACCCCUCAAAGCUCUAGUACGUGAAAGAAUGGAUGAUUGGAAAAUUAGAAUAGAAGAAAAACUUGGUAAAAAAGUUAUUGAACUGACUGGGGAUGUGACUCCAGACAUGAAAUCCAUUGCUAAGGCUGACCUUAUCGUCACUACACCAGAAAAGUGGGAUGGCGUCAGUCGAAGCUGGCAGAACAGGAGCUACGUUCAGCAGGUCAACAUUCUCAUCAUAGAUGAGAUCCACCUGCUAGGUGAGGAGAGAGGUCCAGUUCUAGAAGUCAUUGUAUCUCGAACAAACUUUAUCUCAUCGCACACAGAGAAGCCUGUUAGAAUAGUCGGACUGUCCACUGCCUUAGCCAAUGCUAGAGACCUUGCUGACUGGCUCAACAUUAAGCAGAUGGGUUUGUUUAACUUCCGACCUUCUGUGCGCCCUGUUCCACUGGAAGUUCACAUUCAAGGUUUCCCAGGACAACAUUACUGCCCACGCAUGGCUAGUAUGAACAAGCCUGCAUUCCAGGCAAUUAGAAGUCAUUCUCCAGCCAAACCUGUUUUGAUAUUUGUCUCCUCAAGACGUCAAACACGGCUUACGGCUUUAGAGUUGAUAGCUUUCCUGGCCACUGAAGAAGACCCAAAGCAGUGGUUAAACAUGGACGAGCAAGAGAUGGAGAACAUCAUUGCAACAGUGCGAGAUUCCAACCUUAAGCUGACUCUAGCUUUUGGAAUAGGAAUGCAUCAUGCUGGACUACAUGAAAGAGACCGAAAAACUGUGGAAGAGCUGUUUGUGAACUGUAAAGUGCAGGUUCUCAUUGCGACAAGCACGUUAGCAUGGGGUGUAAACUUUCCAGCACACUUAGUCAUUAUUAAGGGAACUGAAUACUACGAUGGAAAGACAAGACGCUAUGUGGAUUUCCCCAUCACAGAUGUACUGCAGAUGAUGGGGCGAGCUGGGAGACCUCAGUUUGAUGACCAGGGCAAAGCUGUAAUUCUAGUUCAUGAUAUAAAAAAGGAUUUUUAUAAAAAGUUUCUUUAUGAACCUUUCCCAGUGGAAUCGAGCUUAUUAGGAGUGUUGUCUGACCACUUAAAUGCAGAGAUUGCGGGAGGUACAAUAACAUCAAAGCAAGAUGCCUUGGAUUAUAUCACUUGGACUUACUUUUUCCGACGUCUUAUCAUGAAUCCCAGCUACUACAACUUGGGGGACGUCAGCCAGGACGCCAUAAACAAGUUCCUGUCACAUCUGAUUGGGCAAUCUCUGGUUGAGUUGGAGCUUUCCCACUGCAUUGAAGUUGGAGAGGACAAUCGCAGCAUUGAACCACUGACAUGUGGCCGAAUUGCCUCCUAUUACUAUCUGAAGCACAAGACAGUCAAAAUGUUCAAGGACCGUUUAAAGCCUGAGUGCAGCACUGAAGAAUUGCUGUCAAUUCUAAGUGAUGCGGAAGAAUACACAGACUUGCCAGUAAGACACAAUGAGGACCAUACGAAUAAUGAACUGGCCAAAUGUCUUCCCAUUGAAUUAAAUCCUCAUUCAUUUGACAGCCCUCACACCAAAGCCCAUCUCUUGCUUCAAGCACAUCUCAGCCGAGCCAUGCUGCCCUGCCCAGACUAUGAUACUGAUACCAAAACAGUCUUAGAUCAAGCUCUCAGAGUAUGCCAGGCAAUGCUGGAUGUGGCUGCAAGCCAAGGAUGGCUAGUGACUACCCUGAAUAUCACCCACCUGAUUCAGAUGGUGAUCCAAGGCCGAUGGCUAAAGGACUCGUCUCUUCUUACCAUACCAAACAUAGAACAGCACCAUCUUCACCUUUUCAGGAAGUGGAAACCACCUGUAAAGGGCCCACAUGCUAAGUGCCGAACAUCCAUUGAGUGCCUUCCUGAGCUGAUCCAUGCCUGUGAAGGGAAGGAGCAUGUGUUCAGCUCCAUGGUAGAGAAGGAGUUACAGCCUGCGAAAACAAAGCAGGCAUGGAAUUUCUUAUCUCACUUGCCCGUGAUAAAUGUUGGCAUAAGUGUUAAAGGCUCCUGGGAUGACUCAGUUGAAGGACAUAAUGAACUCUCCAUCUCAACUCUGACAGCAGACAAACGGGAUGAAAACACAUGGAUCAAGUUGCAUGCUGAUCAGCAGUAUGUGCUUCAAGUCAGCCUACAGAGAGUCCAUUUUGAGUUCCACAAGGUAAAACAUGAGAGUCACGCAGUUACUCCUCGAUUUCCAAAAUUAAAAGAUGAAGGGUGGUUUUUGAUAUUAGGAGAAGUGGAUAAGAGAGAGCUGGUGGCUGUAAAACGCGUAGGAUUUGUUCGAACUCAUCACGAGGCUUCCAUCUCUUUCUUUACUCCGGAAGCACCUGGAAGAUAUAUCUUUACCCUGUAUCUCAUGAGUGACUGUUACCUCGGCCUAGACCAGCAGUAUGACAUCUUUCUCAAUGUCACAAAAGCAGACAUCUCCACCCAGAUCAACACAGAAGUCCCUGAUGUCUCAACUGACUUGGCAUAAUAUUGUGACCCAAACAGGCCAUUGAACCAAGGAGCUGAGUCUCGGCUGCUCAGUCAUGUGGACAAGCUGAAUUAUUUGGUGUCUGCCUUGGCAAAAUCAACUUCAAACCUAAAAACAACUAGGAAAUUGACAGCAGCCACAGUGUUGAUUCCAGCUACAUUAGCCUGGACUGCUGCCUUUUGUAACAGAUUUGUGGGUUUCUUUACAUGUAAGAUAAGUAAGCUCUAGUAUCAUUUUUAAGUCGUGUACAUUGGAGUGAUAGUUAUGGAUUAUCAAACUUUGCAUCUCAUGAUGUACUGUUUACAUGAAUACCAGCUACUCUUUUUUUCUAAAGAAAAUUACAUUGUGAUGUGACGGGUUAAAAGUUUAAGCAACUUAAAAUAUAUAAUUCUAUGACGUGAUACAAAGUUGAUCUUAUUAGCAAAAUUCAUACUUUGGUUUGAUCACAUAUAAAAAUAGCUUCACAGAUUUCUUAUAAAUCAUAGUAAUAUAUGAUAUGAAAUUAUAUUGCAGAGAUCAAUGACUUUUCAAAGAUCAUACACUGAUCUUGGAAAAUGUGAACACUGUAACUGGUGGAAAUAAAAUAUAUAGAGUGCUCCUUCCAGA